AUGCCAACUGUAAUCCUCGGUGGAGGGAUCAUCGGUUCCGCAACAGCCUACUACCUAUCUGAGACCCAUCCAGCAGAAGAAAUCCAUAUCAUUGAAUCCUCAUCGGAACUAUUCAGCUCUGCGUCUGGGUAUGCGGCUGGAUUCUUGGCCAAGGAUUGGUUUGGGCCGGAUGUUGCUUCUUUAGGGGAGCUUUCGUUUCGUUUACAUGAGAGUCUGGCUGUUGAACAUGGUGGGGUGGAGAAAUGGGGAUAUAUGAAAGGGACGGCAUUAAGCUACGAUGCAACCAUCAAGAGGGGGAAUCGUACUCACGAUGAUGACUGGAUGGAUAGGGGAGCUAGUCGAGCGGAGACAGCUUCUGGGUCGACUCGGGGGACUGGGAUGGGGGUUCCGGCUUGGUUGACGGUUCGGUCGGGUGUCAAGGUGGAGAGGAUUAGUGACGUUGAUACUGCCCAGGUUGAUCCGUUAAAAUUAUGUCGGUUUCUCAUGGAUACUGCUAUAUCUCGUGGCGUUACGCUUCAUCAUCCAGCUAGGGCUAUUUCACUUGUCACAGACGAGGGUGGCACCAUUACUGGGGUCAGAAUCGUUGAUCUCAUCUCACGAGAAGAGUGUACGAUUCCAUGUACCCAUCUUGUUAUUUGUGCCGGAGCUUGGACGUCUCGUGUCUUCGAGGAGCUUUUUCCUUCCGCUCAGAUCUCCAUCCCCGUCUCGCAGUUGGCUGGAUAUUCUCUCGUCCUUCGUUCUCCGAGACAUACCUUGGAACACGAGCAACAGAUAUACGGUGGCCGGUCUCAUGCUAUCUUUAGUGAAAACCCCUUCUCUUGUGGCUUCAGCCCGGAGAUCUUCUCGCGACAGGGCGGCGAGAUCUACAUUGCUGGCCUGAAUGAUCCGGAUCUGCCGCUGCCGGGUCGGGCAGAAGAGUCUCGUGAUUUGAUCGAUCGGAAUGAGAUGAGGAGGCUAGAGUCAGUGUCGGCCCAGUUAAUGGGUAGGAUCAUGGACGAGGGUGAUGAGAUGCGCAACAUGAAUGAUCUGGAGGUUCUUCGUGAGGGAUUGUGCUUCCGUCCUGUUUCCGACCGGGGAACGCCUGUGGUGUGCAAGGUAGAUGAUGAUUUGCUGGGAAAUGGAGUAAGGACUACUGGACACGGCGGUGUCUUUGUGGCUGCUGGACAUGGUCCUUGGGGGAUCUCGUUGUCGUUGGGGACUGGAAGGGUAGUAGCAGAUAUGGUGGAGGGUGUGCCGCCGAGAGCGGAUGUGAGUGAGUUGGGACUAUAG